CUUGGACAUCAAUAUAACGUAGACAGAGAACUAGAAAUACGGGACACUAAACAGCGAGAGGGACGGACAGAGAGAGUAUGGAAAGGGUGUUUUCUGUGGACGAUAUCGCCGACCAAUUCUGGUUGCAGCCGCCGAUUCUGCUCUCCCAGCCGGCGGAGCUCGACCUGCAGGGCUCCUCCUCCUCCUCUAGUAUCAUGAAUCGCAGCUCCUCCGAGUGGGCCUUCCAACGCUUUCUCCAGGAGGCCUCUGUCGUUGAUCACAACUCUUCUGCUUCUGCUGCGGCUGCGGCUGCUUCUUCUACCUCUAUUUCGCAAUCGGAGCAAGUGCCUCGUGACGAAUUUCUCGAGAUCAACCAGCAGAGCCUCGCUCCCAAUCGGAAUUCGAGUUACCGGCAAAAUAACUCGGGAACGGCGGCGGCGGCGACGAAUAGUAAGAGUACUAGUGCCAUGGUGACUUCGUUCGGAUCGACGCAUGCAUCGGAUAUUCCGGAUCAUUCCGAGAAGUACCAGGCAUUCCUCAAAAGCCGUCUCGAUUUAGCUUGCGCCGCGGUAGCUUCCCGUGCGAUGUACUUGAGGCCUCAAGAUUCAACCACCAUGACGCCUGGUAUAGGAUCAUCGGUCUCCAAUACAGUGCAAACAGGGUCACAGGUGCCUCCUAAAGGAUCUGAGCAUGAUUCACUGAAGGGGCAAGAGGAGGGUGGAGCACCAACUGGCAUACCCUCCUUGCCUGCAGUGCCGAAGAAAUCUAGUGGACAGGUUCGGUCAAUAAGUAGCGGCUCAGAACAGUCAGAUGAUGAUGAAGCUGAAGGGGAAGGUGAAGCUGAAACAACUGAUAAGAUGGAUCCAGCAGAUGCAAAACGCGUAAGGAGAAUGUUAUCCAAUAGAGAAUCAGCUAGACGUUCUAGGAGAAGAAAGCAGGCCCAUCUGACAGAACUAGAUACACAGGUCUCUCAGUUGAAAAUUGAAAACUCCUCAUUAUUGAAGCGCUUGACAGACAUAAGCCAAAAAUUCAAUGAGGCUGCAGUUGACAAUAGAGUCUUGAAAGCCGAUGUUGAGACACUGAGAGCAAAGGUUAAGAUGGCUGAAGAAACAGUUAAAAAUGUUACAGGUUUGAGUCCACUGUUUCAAGCUAUGGCUGACAUAUCCUCAAUGGGCAUGCAAUCCUUUCCUGGCAAUCCAACUGACACAUCAAUUGAUGCUGCUCUCCCUGUUCAAAAUGACCCCAAUCAUCAUCGCUAUUAUCAAUCUCCUUCAGGUGUUCACUUUCAGCCCCAUGAUCCCAUAAUCCAGAACGGCCUGGUUGACAUUCCACCAAUAAAUAAUAUGCUGCAGGUCCCAGCUACAGCAACAGUUGGGGCUAAUGGAAUAGGGAGAGCAACUGCAGUACCACCAGCAACAGUUGGGGCUAGCGGGUUAGCGAGACCAACUGCUCUACCACCACCAACAGUUGUGUCGAGCGGGAUGGCAGGGAGAGCAACUGCACUACCACCAGCAACAGUUAUGGCUAGCGGGAUAGCGAGACCAAGUGCAGUACCAGUACCACCAGCAACAGCUGGGGCUAGCGGGAUAGGGAGAGCAACUGCAGUAUCACCAGCAACAGUUGGGGGUAGCGGGAUAGGGAGAGCAACAGGUGGGGCUAGUGGAAUAGGGGGAGCAGCUGCGGGAUCAACACAUCCAAUGGUGAGCAUGGAACAUUUCCAGAAGCACAAGUAGGGGUGUUUGGUGGAACUCUGGGUGGGUGGGGGGCAAUGAUGCAUAGAAACUGACCACCUAAUUGACGAUUUUGUCAAAAGAGAUUGGAUUAAUAACUUAGUUAUGUGUUUACAUAGCUAAUGUAAAAUGCAUUAUUUUCUCUAU